AACCGCCAUUUUUUACCAUCGCCGAUUGCAGCAGUAGGCACCAAUUGCAGUGAAAAACUCCAGCUUAGAAAAGUUCGUGCAAGUGAUUUCGGCGAGGAAAAACUCGGUCUGUGAACGCUUUGGACGCGUACCGUGGGUACGAAGCGAUCUAGCUUACUAGAGCCGAUCGUUAUCGCUGCUUUCGCUGGCAAAGAUACAUUCCGCCAAAGAGUUUUUUUACGGUGGCAAUCAUCUUGUAGCGCUAGCCGUAAGUUUGCAUUUGCGUGUGUGUGCGUGUGUGCGAAGGUCUGGCGAAAGAGCGACUGGAAAGAGAUAGCGAUAGAGCGCGCGCGUACGAAAAGGAAGCGCAAACACACGCACCACCAUAGUGACAAAAGUGACGCGCGGCCGCUUCACAAAAACAGUUGAGCCCGUUUUCAUACGAAUCCCGUAGGGCACGCCGGAAGAGCUGUCCAUCGUUUGCCUUUGCGUUCUAUUGCUGCUUUUGGCUACGUGUGCAUAAUUGUCACAUUAAGCGUGCCCACCCCCCGGCCGCCAUCAUUGUCGGCUUGGCGUCGGCUUAUCGGACGGCUUAAUUGAUCGUGUGUGUGUGUGUGUGUGUUAGAAGUGCGUACGCGCGGGCACCAGCAGCAGCAGCAGCCACUACCAUACGUCGCAGAGUGCGGGUAGUACGAAGAAGAGUCGGUCACCGAAAGCGAUCCCGGAGGUGGAAUCCUUCAAGUGCUGCAACGGCGAAAGAAGAAUACGGCAAGCAGUAGGCGCGGCGGAGCAGUUUCCAAGCAGCGAGUAGCAACAUAAAACAAACAAAAAUGUCCGACAGCACGGGUUACGCUGUUAACGAUCUCGUGUGGGCCAAAAUGAAGGGAUUCUCGCCCUGGCCUGGCCGUAUCUCAGUCCCACCGGCAGAGCUGCGGAAAAUUGCGGUUAAAAAGAACAAUCCAGUGAAGUGUAUUUUCUUCUUUGGCUCCAACAACUACGCUUGGAUCGAGGAAACGCAAAUCAAGCCGUAUCUUGAGUUCAAGGAUACGUUGCUGAAUUCUUGCAAAACGGCUCAGUUCAAAGAGGCUUUGAAACAGAUAGAAGAAUUCCGUGUAAAUCCGGAGAAAUUUCAGCCUCUGUUUGUGGGUGAAAACGAAGCCGCCAAUCGGCCGGAUCCGGACGAAGAGUUUAAUAGACUCCGUGAAGGUGUUGCCAGCGGUACGGAGGAGAGCGGAGCAGAGGAUGGAGCUUCCGUGAAUAACACGUCGACCCCCGCCGUUCUUGAAUCGGUGGACGAUGUCACCUCAACGCCGCUGGUAAAGAAGUCAGCUAAGAAGAAAGUACGUGCCUCGUUGCCAAUCAAGUUGAACGUGGAUAAGGUGACGUCGGUCACGAAAGUGCGUUCGGUAGGCAACAAAUCGAAAGCCGCACUGGACGAUGGUGUGACCAGUACGCCAUCCCCCAAGCGCAAGAAGAAGCUGUUGAAUGAUUCGGCAGAAUUAUCUACCCUGGAUAUUGAUAGCUAUGCUAGUCCGGUCAGACGCAAUGCGCCGGUGACGCACCUGCUGAAUCGUCCGGUCACUGUAACCCGACCAGAGACACCCGAGAUCGAUAUGUCAAGCGUUUCAAAUGCGGUCCAAUCGCGCAAUAUCAAAGCAUCGCAGCUGAAGUUCGGCUUCCUCGGGCUUGGCGUGAUGGGUUGCGGAAUUGUGAAAAAUCUUAUCAAAUCCGGACACUCGGUCGUUGUCUGGAAUCGUAGCGCUAACAAAUGCCGCAAGUUCCAGGAGGUCGGUGCCGAGGUUGCGGAUACCCCUUCCGACGUGGUGGAAAUGACCGAUGUCACUUAUUCGUGUGUGUCUGAUCCCCAGGUUGCAAAGGAUAUGGUGUUCGGUAAUUGCGGAGUAAUGUCGGCAAACCUGGCCGGCAAGGGUUACGUUGAGAUGACUGGUGUCGAUCCGGAAACAUCUAAUGACAUCAAUGAGGCAAUCAUCUCCAAAGGUGGCCGUUAUUUGGAAGCACAAAUACAAGGCUCGAAGAACCAAGCGGAAGAGGGAACGCUCAUCAUUUUGGCUAGCGGCGAUCGAUUGCUGUUCGAGGAGUGUCAAAGCUGCUUCGAAGCCAUUUCCCGCAAUUCGUUCUACCUGGGCGACGUCGGCAAUGCUACAAAGAUGAAUCUAAUUUUGCAGAUGAUUUCCGGCAUUACGCUGGCCGGAGUGGCGGAAGCGAUGGCACUUGCGGACCGUGCUGGACUGCAGCAAAAAGACGUGCUGGAAGUGUUAGAAUUAACUAGCAUGUCCUCGGAAAUGAUGCUGCAAAAGGGAAAUGCCAUCAUCAAGGGCGAAUUUCCGACCCAUCAAGCGCUGAAGCAUAUGCAGAAAGACCUCAAGCUUGCGUUAAGCCUAGCGGACGGACUGGAGCAAUCGGUGCCCAUUACGGCCGCCUCGAACGAGGUGUACAAACACGCCAAACGUCUUGGGUACGGUUCGCACGACGCCAGCGCUGUCUACGUACGGGCUCGGUUUUAACAGCGACCGGGCGGAUGGCCGUCGUAGUGAGCUGACUGGCUGACUGUUGUGCAGCAGCGAACCAGAGAGAGCCCCCCAUACAGAAAGGUAGAAGUAGUGCCGCGUUAGUGUGUUAAGUUGACGACAACUUGAGAUGUGGACCUUGUCGUGUGUGUAGCUGUGUCGCAACCCGAGUGUAGCACGCCCACUGAUGGACUUUCUUUUUGUUCCAAUUGACCGGAAAUAAUACCCUCUUUCUCUGUGCCUAUCUGUGCGUGUUUUGUACGAAAUAGGUGGUGCAUUAUUUACAUAGGCCUGGAACUACAAUUUUGACACAUAGCGACACACUUACUGACGUUUUGUCGGUAUAAAGAUGAUUCUGUUUUGACUUCGUACAAGGAACGACUCAUAAAGAGAUUUUUCUACUUUAUUCUUCUGCUCCUUGUUUUUUACCUUUUGUGUGGUAAAAAAAAACUCGGAACGGCUCUUUUCGAUCUUGAUUGUUUUCGUCGGCAUCUUGCUCGAAAAUCUUUGUGCAUUUAUCAAUCGGAAGUAUUUAAUCGUUUGACAAAAUCUAAUUUCGAAGCUCUAUUAUUUUCUUAUUUUGUAUAUCUUGAAGAGGGGAUUGGAAUUGGAACAAAGAAACCGGGAGGGUAGUAGACAUGAGAUGCACAGACACAAGUACACCAUCGAAGCUGCAAUAGGGAGUCCUGUUGAAGAUAUAUACAUAUAUAUAUAUUUUUGAUGGGGAAAGUGUUUUUCCUCUUUUAGUUUUCUUUACAUGUUCAACAUAUUUUCUCUUAGAUUUAACGAAAGCAAGCAUAACCCGGCCGUUUUGUGUAGAGAUAUUGCUACAAUCUCUACAAAGCAGUACCGGACGAUUGAGUAUGUUGUGUAUAGCGUGCUAGCGAUAGCAGGAGCUAUAUAGGGUGGCAGAUAGUAUCCCAAAUUUUUAUAAUUUUUAGUUAGAUUUCAUUAGCGCGCGCACGUGUGUGAAGCUGAAAUAAUAGUGUCUUGUUGCUGCACAUGCAUAGUUGUUUAUUUUUUUUUUUUAUUAGUGGUUCAUAUUUUUGGUCUCUAAAUUGUUCUAUGCAAGAAAAAUCAGUUAACUUUUUUACAUCCCGCGAGUGUAAAGCGCUGUCUGCACGCGAGCCAUAUCUACACGAAUCGAAAGUAAGCGUGACACAACACAUUGAAGCUAGGGUUGGUAGUCCGUUGGAGUUGUAUGAAUAUUGUAGAGAGAUGGGCAAAAUUAAAUUACUAAUUAAUGCGCCACAUCAUUACAGUAAUUUCGACUACAAUGCAAGAGAUUGUGUCAAGAGCUCGGUCUUAUUACCGAUAAUUCAUCAGAAGAACGUAGAAAUGUUUGGGUAACGCUUACUUUCAAUGACGCAUCGUGUAGAUAUCGGGUACGAAGCAGGAAUAAAAAGGUUAUCGUGUAAGUACAACAUUUCAUCGCUACCAAACGGACUGAUUUUUAGCGAAUGAGAAAGAACGAAAGAGUAAAACAAAAUCGAUAGCAGAAAGUAUACAAGAAGCAGGUCCCUGAAACACGUGAAGCUAACAACAAAGUAAAAAAAUCAUAAUGUAGAAAAACUAAAGACGAUAUAUUAUGCCCUAGCACGACGAAAUUACUUGGACUGCGAGGAGGUGUGAAUAUUUUUUUUUUUUGCGAAAAGAAAAGAAAAAUAAAUAACCUCUUUGCAACAACUUGGUAGCGGCGCAGUCAACACUGAAACACGAGAGAAAGAGAGCUUUGUAAGAUAAAUCUCUUUUAGGAAAGAAGCUAAAGUGCAAACAAACGUCGACCAACGCAUAAACCAAUCGUACGCGCUACAGAGGCGCAUUAUCUUUGCCGAACUGGCGAGCAGGAGCUAGGAAAUGGAUGAUAAGUUUUUCCUAGAGUAAAUAUUACUCUCUGGAAAUCGCUCCGCGUUUCAUACACACUAAUAACACCAUUUUACGUUACGGGUGUUCUUCUCGAUGAACGCCCCAAAACAAAUAGAAACACUUUGCGUGACACGAAACGAUGCAACUAAUACAAAUCGGAGAGUAAAUAAAUGUUAAUUUACGUAUCGAUACACAUAACAACAACGGGCACAGGGUUACAAAUGUUCAGUUACUAGAGAUAGUUUGUGUUUUCAAAAGUGCGCCAUCAACAAUGCACGAAGCGAGGUGUGCAUUUUGAUAACCGAAAUGGUAUACAAUAUUCAAACCAAAUCAUCAAUCCCUUCGCAAUACGUAAUAUGGUUUUAACUUGUCCACUGCAAGCAAGGUUCUCGCGAGUUUUUGCGUUGUUUUCGUAUAUUUUGGGUCGCAUCUCCUAUGCUUGGCAGAUUGAUUUAUUGGAGACACAAAAUGAGAAGACUUAAAAAUGAUAAUAAAUUUUGUUGUGCAACUAA